UCUAUAUAAGGCACUGUGAGCUGCUCAGGAGUUACACAGCUCCUGUGUGCUUCAGGAUCACCGCCAACAAGCUGUAGUCCGCUCCACUCACAAGGGAAUAAUAGCUCUGCAGUCCAGCGCGCGGAGGAAACUGCUCCCAAAUACUCAACUGGAUACUGAGAGAGAGAGAUAGAGGUUGUGUCUGGGACUUCACACACAAUCCACCGUCUCCUGCAGUCUUAAAGUCGAACCAGCUGAAGUGUCAGAAUGACCUGCGCUGCCAUGACCUGGCUCCCCGUCCUCUCCAUCUCCCUCCUGCUGUUGUGCGUCAGGGACUCGGCGUCCCUCUUCCUGCCCGACUCCAAGGAGCUCAGGCAGCUGCUGAGCCGCUACGAGGAGGAAGCCAACCAGAACAGCACCGGCAACACAGCUGGCAGUAGGACCCGCCGGGCCAUCCGCUGGUCUGACCGCGAGGAGAUUGUCCAGCUGCACAACAAGCUGAGGGGUGGCGUCUACCCCACUGCCUCCAACAUGGAGUUCAUGGUUUGGGAUGAUGACUUGGAGCGCUCUGCUGUUAACUGGGCCGAGCAGUGUCAGUGGGACCAUGGACCUCAGGACCUGCUCAUGUCUAUUGGACAAAACCUGGCUGUUCACUGGGGAAGAUACCGCUCUCCAGCCUUCCAUGUCCAGGCCUGGUACGAUGAGGUGAAAGACUACACCUAUCCCUACCCCCAGGAGUGCAAUCCUUGGUGUCCAGAACGCUGCUCCGGGCCCAUGUGCACCCAUUACACCCAGCUGGUCUGGGCAACCACUAGCCGUGUGGGCUGUGCCGUGCACAUGUGUCCGAGGAUGAACGUGUGGGGAGAAAUAUGGGAGAAUGCUAUUUACCUUGUGUGCAACUACUCCCCAAAGGGCAACUGGAUCGGCGAAGCGCCAUACCAGAACGGCCGCCCGUGUUCACAGUGCCCUCCCAGCUAUGGAGGAGGAUGUAGGAAUAACCUGUGCUACAAAGACUCCCAGCGCUCAGAGACUGAGGACAUGAAUGAGGUGGAGAAGCCUCAGGUUCCUUUGCCACCACGUACCACCGCCAAACCCGCCCCCAAACCUAAACCAUCUGCUCCAAAGAAACCAGUGUCCAAACCGUCCACUCCUAAGCCCACCACACCCAGGACGCCACCUUCAAAGACUCCCAGCAACACCUUUCUCGCUCAAAACAUUAAGUGUGAGACUAGACUGCGGGACAAGUGUAGAGGCGCAACCUGCAACAGAUAUAACUGUCCUGCUAAUUGUCUGAAUAAAAAAGGAAAAGUUUGGGGAACUCUCUUUUACGAUGUGCAAUCGAGCAUUUGCCGAGCUGCUAUUCAUUUUGGUGUCAUUGACAACAAUGGUGGAGUGGUCGACGUCACAAGGAUGGACAAGUUUCCAUUCUUUGUUAGAGCCACUAAGAAUGGCAUUGAAUCCUCCAGUAAAUAUAAAGCCAGUAAUGCCUUUGUGGUGGCCAAAGUGGAAGAAAUGAGUGCUGACUGCUACACCACAGUGGCUGAAAUCUGCCCGUUCAAAACGCCCACCUCAAAGUGUCCAAGGAUCUUCUGUCCGACUGACUGCAAGUCUCAGCCCUCUUAUUGGUCACCUGUGAUUGGAAACAACAUCUAUGCAGAUAGCUCCAGCAUUUGUAAAGCGGCCAUCCACGCAGGGGUACUGAGAGCAGACGGCGGUUAUGUGGAUGUUCUGCCACUGGACAAGAGAAAGAGCUAUCUUGGAAUCUUGAAAAACGGCAUCCAGUCUGAGAGCAAGAGCAACACUGAGGGAGGCUCUUUCCGAGUCUUUGCAGUGAGGGAGUGAGACGUCAGAUCAUAAAUCCAGAGACCAACAGAGUCACCUCAGCUGCUCAAGAAGAGCAGGAAGUGCCCACAGGUUGGAUACCAUGGCUGUUCAUCUGUCUCUUUAGUGGAAACAGAACGUCCCAGCAGACUGAUGGACACUUUACCCUCGUAGUUCAUAAACAAUAGCUGCCCAGUAAAAGUUGUUGUCCAAUAUAUUUAUUGGACCUUCAUUUUUAACUCCAAAAAUAGAUAUUUCGACAUACUUACUUAAUCUGUGAAUACAGAAUGUUUUUUAUAUAUAUAUAUAUAUAUAUAUAUUAUUGAACAGCUGGUGCUGGAAGUUUUGAGUUAGACAUGUUUUACAGAAAGUAUUAUGUUUACAUUGUUUCUCUUAUUACAAAUUCAAAUUGGUUUUCAUACAGAAUGUAUACUGAUCACACUGUAUUUAAUCAUUGUGUACAGACUAUAUGAGCUAUGGUUUGUUAAACAGUUUAAUGUCUGUUCUGAUUUAUUUUAUUUUAUUGUAUUGCCUUCUGCUCACGUGGAUAAUCUUUGCUUUUUGCUCUUAUGGAAUUUAGCCUGUGAAACCAAAUCUAAAGUCUAAAUUGUAUUUAUACAGUAGGUUAAGUGGUGUGCUCAUUGUGAAUGAGGAUGUUUUGUUGGCUGGGUAAACCAGAACUCAUCAGGCAGAUACAAAAUGAGAGGAAACAGUGUGGUAAAUGAAAGUGUAUACAGGCAGCAGGCACUGCUGUAGAAAGAUUAUGUUUCCCUUCAGAGGGCUGGUGUCAAUUUAUUGCCAGACAUGUGGAGGUGAUUUACUGAAGGUGUUACAUUGCUAGGUUCACUUUGUAGUAUAUGAGAGCUGGUGCAGAUGGAUCCUUAGAAUGGUAGCAAUAGUGCACGUAUCAUAUAACAAUCGCAGACAGAAGAUAUGUUUAAAAUAUCAAGCGGUCAUUUGCCAUGUUAUAUUUAUUUUUGCUUAGUGCUUUCCUCAUUUCCUCAUCUCUCUUGUUUCUGUCAGAAAUAUGAAAAUGCUAAAUUUAUCCCCUCCCCACCUAAGACAGAUGAAUGUGUCACUUGUUUCAGGUACAGAGAGACUUUUAUGUGUGGAGGCUAGACUGUUUUUAGGUGUCUGAUUGCAUUUAAGAUUCUCAUCAUUAAACUGCAGUCUGUGUAACCUGCAAUUUACACUAUACAGUAUAUGCAGGAUACACAUACCUGUAAUGUCUGUCAUCAUACUGGAUUGAGGCACGGUUGCCUUAUUACAGCCCUGAUUUGAAUAUGCUUCUUAAAGCAAUCCUUCAUUUUUAUUUUUAUCUUUUCUUACUUGUUUUGAUUUAGGUCUUCAAAGUGUUUCAGUUGUGUCUCUUCAAUGCACAGAACAUGUUUUAACAUAGUUUGCAUCCGUCAUGUUACAAAUGCAAAUUUCAAUUUGUGCUUCAGGACUGGGGUUUCCAGUUGUACCAUUAAGCCUUGUCUGUUCUUGAAAUAUGCUCUUGCCAAUCUGUUUGUUUCAUUGAGGAUAACAGAGAAAGAAAUAUCACAAAAACCUGGCCAA